AUGGUAAAUCCUCAACCGAUGGCAGUGACCAGUUGGUACAACAGUCCUCUCAAUCGAACACUUGAAACAGAAACACCACGCUCUCAAAGAGGUACUUCAUCAGACCAGCAAUCCCCCUCUCAAGCAGUCAACCCACCAAACAACGAAACAUUCUCUGUCGCAGUCGACCAAUCACACUCAUCCAAUCAAGUAAGCAUUACAAACGAGCAAGUACCAUCACCCUCUCUCCAGGAUCAGCAAUCCUCCUCUCGCACUGCAGCAGUCAACCGACCACACAAAACUAGUCAGACUAAGAAAAACGUAGAGCAAAACGAAACCUUAACUGAACUUCAACAUCUGGAAAAUAUUGCUACUGCAAUCAAUAAUCCUGGAUCAAAUGAAAAAGAAAAAGAUGAGUUUUAUUAUUUCGGACAAAGUGUUGCUGCUCAGUUAAGAUUAUUGCCAUUAAAUAACGCUCUGGAUAUGCAAUCCAAAAUUCGAGUUUUGCUAAGUACAAAAAGGUCUCGAUUUUCCACUUCAUAUUCUCAGCCUUCCACUCCGUAUUCUAACACAUCUAUAUAUUCUGAAGAAACAGCAGCAUCUUCUGCCGAUGAUCGAUUCAUACACAUAAUACCAUACACGCAGUCAAACACUACAGAAGAUAACACUAUCACUUUUGGUCAAGAAUCAGGACAGAAUAUUUUUAACCAAGCUUGGAAUAAUGCCUAA